GAUGAUGAUGAUGUUGAUGAUGAUGGUGGCACCGCCAGUCUGUAGGGCGAGUGCUUGUGCUGUGCCUGAGGUGUACGGGAUAGCGUUUUGUCGCUCGCAUUACGCCCGCAUUAAAUAUCCUAGAUUUGUAUCAAUAAAUAAGUCGAGUAGGCUCCAGCAUGCUGAUGUCACUCCAAAAAAAAUGGACUCAAGGAUGGACAAACCAUGUGAGAAGAAUCGAAAACCCUGUGAUGUGGUUACAUAUCUCGAGAGAGGGCAAUAGAUAAUUGACAACUUGAGCUCGAGCUAGCUGGCGGAUGACGAAGACGAGUUUUGCCGAGGAUCCG